AUGUCUCCUCCCCGCCAGGUCUUCGUCGCCGUUGUCGGUGUCGGUGGUGUUGGAAAGUGCUUCCUGAACCAGCUGCACGCCAUUGCCUCGCGCUUCUCUCAGUCGGCGACCGCGCCGACCUACCUCUCCGUCAUCCUCCUCUCCCGCAGCAGCAAGGUCCUCCACAGCACCGACUACCGCUCUCUCAACCUCUCCACCUGGGAGAAUGACCUCGCCGCCUCCAGCACGCCCGCCCUGCCCCCGGCCAAGCUCGCCGACUACCUGAGCGCUGCUCCCAGCAAGGUCGUCCUCGUCGACAACACCUCGAACCAGGACCUUGCGGACGCGUACCCGCUCUUCCUGAAGAAGGGCAUCAGCAUCGUCACACCCAACAAGAAGGCCUUCUCCUCGACGUACGAGCUGUGGCAGUCCAUCUACGGUGCCGCCGGCAAUGGCACGGGCUCGGGCGGCUUCGUCUUCCACGAGAGCAGCGUGGGCGCCGGCCUGCCCGUCAUCAGCACGCUCAAGGAGCUGGUCGAGACGGGCGACGAGGUGACCAAGAUUGAGGGCGUCUUCUCCGGCACCAUGUCCUUCCUCUUCAACAGCUUCCAGCCCGCCGGCGGCGCCGCUGGCGGCCAGUUCUCCGCCGAGGUGCGCAAGGCCAAGGAGCUCGGCUACACCGAGCCGGACCCGCGCGACGACCUCAACGGUCUCGACGUCGCCCGCAAGCUUACCAUCCUCGCCCGUCUGGCCGGCCUGCCCGUCGAGAGCCCCACCAGCUUCCCCGUCCAGAGCUUGAUCCCCAAGGAGCUCGAGAGCUGCUCCAGCGGUGACGAGUUCUUGGAGAAGCUCCCCGCCUUCGACGGCGAGAUGGACAAGCUGAAGGAGGAGGCUGCCAAGGAGGGCAAGGUUGUCAGGUUCGUUGGCAGCAUCGACGUUGCCUCCAAGAGCGUCAAGGUCGGCCUUGAAAAGUUCGACCUCUCGCACCCCAUCGCCGCUCUCAAGGGCAGCGAUAACAUCAUCAACUUCUACACCAAGCGCUACGGCAGCAACCCCCUGAUCGUCCAGGGUGCCGGUGCUGGCGGUGAUGUCACUGCCAUGGGUGUCUCCGGUGACCUGAUCAAGGUUCUCCGUCUGCUGCACUAG